UUGUAGGUAGGGCUCUUUACUGGCCCUUGAUGCCCAUCACAAUCUUCGCCAGUUACUAUAUUCGGCCGUGGUACAAUGAGGUCAUCCCGGGAAGUAAAGUGUACAUUGGUGCGGUGCCGCUGACCUUUAUGGGCCACAUGGACCUACUGGAGAAGGAACUCGAAGUGGUGGGGGUCAUCAAUGUCAUGGCUGAGUUCGACGGCCCCACCACCGAGUACGAGAAGCGAAACAUGCAUCAGCUGCACAUACCCACCCCCGACCACAUGGAGCCUGAGCUCAACGACAUCAGACAGGGCGUCAACUACCUUAAGGACUACUGCCCACACCCGCCCAAGGUGGAUGGCCAGGGCAAUGUGAUCAGCAAUGACAGGCCUUGUAAGGGUGUGUAUGUGCACUGUAAGGGGGGGGUUGGCAGGAGUGCGACGAUAGUGUUCUGCUGGUUGCUGGAGACGCAGGGGCUGGGCCUGAUCGGGACGCAGAAGUACUUCAACUCGCGACGGCUGGUGUCCAAAUCUCUGUACAAGCGUCCGAAUGUCCUGGCAUUUUACAAACUCCUUCAGGAAGGGCGAUUAGACCAGACGCAGGAGAUCGAAGAGACCAGAAAAGACAUUUAGUUAAGAGGCCGUAAAUGGUAACACAACAUAACAUAUAUAUAAACAACUGACCUAACAUUCGGA